UAUUAUUAUUAUUAUUAUUAUUAUUCAGAAUGCGCAUAGAUGACGUUAUCAUUGGCAUAUAGGAAUUCUAUAACUUUUUUUGUUGUGAUCUUGAAUGUGAUUUUCCUACUUCUUGGCAGAAUGGGGUUGGACUGGAUGGCCAUGAAGUCUCUUUCAACUCUAGGAUCCUUCUUCAGAAAUUGCACAGAUGAUGUUAUCAUCGGCAUAUAGGAAUUCUAUAAAAGGUUGAAGCCUGGGCUGGAUGGCCAUCUGUUGGGGGUGCUUUGAAUGUGGUUUUCCUGCUUCUUGGCAGAAUGGCAUUGGACUGGAUAGCCCGUGAGGUCUCUUCCAACUCUAGGAUUCUUUUUCAGAAUGAGCAUGGAUGACGCUAUCAUCGGCAUAUAGUAAUUCUAUAACUUUUUUUUGUUGUGACCUUGUAUGUGAUUUUUUUUGUUGUGACCUUGAAUGUGAUUUUCCUACUUCUUGGCAAAAUGGCAUUGGACUGGAUAGGUCUCUUCCAACUCUAGGAUUCUAGAAUUCUUUUUCAGAAUGAGCUUGGAUGACGCUGUCAUCGGCAUAUAGGAUUUCUAUAACUUUUUUUUUGUUGUGACCUUGAAUGUGAUUUUCCUACUUCUUGGCAGAAUGGCGUUGGACUGGAUGGUAAAUGAAGUCUCUUCCAACUCUAGGAUUCUGUGAUUCUUUUUCAGAAUGAGCUUCGAUGACGCUAUUAUCGGCCUAUAGGAAUUCUACAACUGGUUUGGUUGUGACCUUCGCUUUGUCUUGGUCUGCUGGGGUUAAAUAGCUUGGCAGAGGAAGGAGAAGAGGGGGAAGAGAAAAGGAAAGAGGAGGAGAAGUAAGAGGAGAAGGAGGAAGAGGAAGAGGAAGAGAAGCCUUGUUCCUCUGCCAGGGGUUUUUGCUCCACGCUUUCUGUCUGGCUGGCUUGGCUUGGCUUCCUUUGUCUCCGCCCAACUUGGCUUCAGAGGCAUUGCUGUCGGGAAGAACACUCCCCUCCUUAGAUUUUGCUUUCACUUUCGCAGGCUGAUCUCCGGAGGGGUCUGGAUGGCCUCGGGAUCCCCCCCUGGAGGCUUUCCAGCCUGGAUCAUGCGCCUGAAUACGGUUUGCAUUUUCCUUGCAACGCAACUACUAUUUCACCAAGGAGCAUUGUCCUGCCAAGUGUGGGAGUACAGGAGUAGUAACGGCGAAUGCUGCCCCAAAUGUACUGCAGGAAGCCGAGUCGCAAAGCCUUGUACCACCAGUUCGAGUACGGGAUGCGUCCCAUGUUCAGAGGGGACGUAUACAGACCACCCGAAUGGACUGCCGGAAUGUUUUCGAUGCCAACUCUGUGAUCCAGGAGCUCACCUGAAAGUUAAGGAGGAAUGCACGUACACCAAAAACACGGUGUGUGCCUGUGUCCCAGGUUACUUCUGCAGCCAUCGAAGGAACGAGCGGACCUGUGAGAUAUGCGCCAAACAUACCGUCUCCCCGCCUGGUUAUAAGGUGAUACAGGCCGGCACAGAAACCAACGAUACCGAGUUCGUACCUUGCCCACUUGGAACUUUCUCAGCAAUGGAGAUGUCUUUCUCCUGUGAACCUUGGACUGAUUGCAAUAAGGAAGGCUUGAUCGAAGUCUGCUCCGGCAAUGCCUCUUCGGAUGCGGUGUGUGGACGCCCAAAGCUGGACAAGAGGAGUCGGGUGUAUUUAUAUGUCCCUCUUGUUGUGUGUUCUCUCCUUUCGGUUCUUUUAUGUCUUGUCAUAAUUCGCAGCAGAGGACAGCAGUCCAACAAAAAAGGUGCUGCUGAGGAACAGAAGGAAGAGCGAAAUGUUGACUACAUCCCCGUUCAAGAAAGGAACGUCAUGGUUAUACCCAUGCAGGAGACGUCUCCAAAUCACGGAGAACCAAGCUAUCGGACUUUUGCUUUAGUCGACCAAGCUUUGGGUUGAAGAAAAAAUAAAUAGUCAUCACUGCAGCAGAUAAUUUCGAAACAUCAUGAGAGAACAUUAAUGUCCUCCUUUCCUGAGUUUCUUGUAGCGCUACUAUAUCAUCAGGCCAAACUACAGGACGAAGCGGAAGAACGUGAAUGAGGUGGUAAAGUUGAAGAAAAAGUAGAGUUGGAGGAAACUCCAAGGGCUAUGCAGUCCAACCCUAUUCAGGAAAAUAUAGUCCAAGCCCUCCCGACUGAUGGCCAACCAGCCAUGUUUCCAUAGCUCCAGAAAACUAGACUCCACCAUCCUACGUUAGUCUAUUCUACUCUUGAACAGUUAUUAUCAUCCGGAAGUUCCUCCUAAUAUUUUGGAGGCCUCUCUUCUCCUGUAGCUGGAAUCUCUCUUCGAACCUCCGCUGAGAAAAUCCUCGCAAGAAUCCUUGAAAACCACCUUCUACCUAUUUCAGAAGACACUUUCCCAGAAUCCAAGAACGGCUUCCACUCCUUCAGAGGAACAGUGGAUAUCAUCUUCACUGCACGACAGCUCCAAGAACAAUACAGGGAACAAUAGCAACCUCUGCACAACCAAGACACUACACUUGGAAGGCCAUCAUCCACGGACAACGAGGGAUGGCCUAAGUAAGGACUACAACUCCCAUCAUUCUCUGUCAAUCCCCCUUAAACCCAGCCCGUAUUUCAAGCUGGUCAGGAUGGGUUUGUGUGCCAAGUUUUGUCCACAUUCAGUCGGUGGGAGUCACAAGGCUCUUUGGAGAUGAGAGCCAUCUUGGAAAAUUCAUACAUACAUACAUACAUAUUUUAUUAUAUUCAUAGAGAAGCUUUCCUACGUUGUACGGAUUACAGCCUCAGGUUAUAAAGCACAUUUAUACAGUUGUAGUGGGAUCGAAUGAUCGGACCCCCAAAAUAUGCGAAUCGUGUCCUUUUCCCAAAGCUUUCAGGUGAUACAAGGAGGAAGACUUAUGGUCGCUAGUUCUUUCUAAUGUCCUUUUCUGUAAUUUGAACCCACUGCUCCGAACCCGACUACGUUGAAACUAUCUUAAGGGGGAGAGGCAUGAUAUGGGGCUAGGAUGUAACCCAGCUCGUAAAUCACUGUUGCAGCCCAGGCAGCGAGAGCACUGAAAACCAACACAGAGACCAAUAUUCUUUUAAUAUCUUUAUUAAAGCAAAAAAUAAUUCCAAAAUGAAUUAGUGGAAAAGUUGAGCAAGCAAUAGCCCUUUAAGAAAAAGUAUAAGAUAGACCAGAAAUGUCCAGGAAUAUGUCCAGUAUUAGAGUCCAAAGUCCAAAAACCGAAACAUACUCCAAAACUGAUGAAGCCCUGGAGUGGGGAAAUAAGUCAGCAAGCUAGGCAGAUGAGCAAGGUCCAAAAGGUUCAAGAAUAGUUCUUAGCAGCGAGGCAGGAACUUGAUAUCAUGGAAAUAAAUCUUGGUUCACGAAAAAACAGGAAAGUAGACCUAAAUCCGGGUCUACUCGUGAGUUGCGGCAACUGUUAGCCACUAGGGUGGAGGAGCAGGAAACUGGAGACGAUGAACCUUCUUAGUAGUAAGCAACGUUUACACUGCAAGGAAAACUACUGGGAGCGAAACUUUUAUUGAAGUGCAGAGUCUCCCCCCAAAAGUUCCCAAGGGAAAGGCUUCUAGAGAGAGUCUCCACGCUCAGCCAAGCGGGCACUUCUUCUCCGCGCUUGUUUCUCAGAUCUCUGCUUGUUUAGAUACUCUUUCCGGUUGAAGGACACAGACUCCGGCGAGCUAGAGACAUCUGGCAAGGGAGUAGAGUUAUCCACAACACUUUCCCUUUCAAUUAGAGCUGCAAGUGGCAGCUGCAAAUUCAUCGGGUCUUGCUGACUCGGAGAAAUAUCAACAUAUUCUUCAUCCUGGUCAAAGGCGAACCCAGGGUCAGGUACAGGGGCCAAAGGUAGCUGGGAUAUAACAAUCACCAGCACUAAUAAGAUCUACCGACCGAAAGGUGGCCGGUUCGAACCCUGGUCGGGGUGAGCACUCGACCAACAAGCCCAGCUCACUAUACUAAGCAGCUCGAAAACAGCUUAGAGCUGUAAGUAGAGAAAUUAGGUACCGCUAAUUAAGCUGGGGAAAUAUUUUAUGACACCAUAAAAUGCCGGCGACCAAAAAGGAAGGAGGAAGUCUUGUUGGGGAGAUAGGGCGGAAUAUAAAUAAAGUGUUAUUAUUAUGUUAUAUUAUACAGAUCUUUACAACGGUUGGUUAAGCGUUGGUGUAUAUAAACAAUUCAUCUACUUACUAAAAGUCCGUUAACCCAUGUUCAAAACUCUGAGAAGAUUCCUUUUGUUACUUGUUCAGGACUCUGUCUUAAUAGUGUGUGAUGACACUAUUAUUUACAUACCGUUACUAAUGGAAUAAAAUCCACAAAUCUAAUUCCA